UCGGUAAACACAAAGUUUUGCUUUGGUUUCGUUUCCUUAGAACUGACAGCCCAGUUAAAGACCGACUGUCUUCCUCCUCAUUCUGCAUUGAUCUCUCUUCUCUCUGCGAACAAGCACGUGAAGAUGUCUCCUUUGAAUUGUCUCGAAAAGUCAGUUUGAAGACCUGCGCAUUUAAUGAAUCAUUCAACGGCAGACUGCGGACAGGUUUCCGGAAUGGACUUGUGAUCUACGUCUGUGAAGAAGAAACCGAUGCUGUCAUGGCAGAUCAAGGUGAAAUAAAGGAGGAGGAUCUGCCACCUGACAUCAAGGAGUGGAGUAAAGAUCAAGUGAAAGAAUGGGCUCUGAAGUUGGAUGAUGUGGAUGACACAGUUGCAGAAAAACUGUUUCAGCAGGACAUUAAUGGACCGAGUCUUUUGCUUUUAGAUACAGAAGACUUAAAAAAAAUCGGUGUGACUUUUGGACCAGCAAAACUUGUCAUUCAUGCCAGAGAUGAGGUAGGGACAUCAAAGAAACAGGGGCCAACAAGCUCUACAAAUCAGCCUGGAAGACCAUGCAAGCCUUAUCCAUUUUGUAGGCAGCAUGAGACACAUAGAUACAUAGAGAGCAACAUUCUUGAUGUUCCAGAAUCAGGUGCCUCAGACUUAAUUGAACCCUGCCACGAGUAUAAAGGUUUCGUCAAUACAACAUAUGAAACUAAAAUGAUCAAGUUCACUUCUGAGGUUAUUCGCUUUGCAGGUGCCUGCAUGAAUAGCCGCACCAAUGGCACCAUACAUUUUGGAGUAGGAGAUAAGCCAAACUUCGAACAUGGUCAAGUGUUGGGAGUGGUUGUUCAGGACAAAGAGGCUUAUUUAAACGGCCUAAAAUCUGCCAUUGAUGAUAAUUUUGAACAUAAACACAAACAGACUGCUCAAAAUUGCAUCAAACCUCCUCGAUUCGUUGAGGUUCUCAAUAAGAAUAUGACAUCAUCUGACAAAUGGGUGAUAGAGGUGGACAUAGUUCCUGACUAUACGAUGUGUGGAGAAAGCAUCUUCCACACUUUCAACAUGGACACAAAAAAAGCCAAGAAAAAAGUAAAACGUCAAGAAACACAUGAAAUUGUAACAAAACAAUUCUUUGUCAGAGAUGGCGGUAGCAGCAGGAAUCUCCUCACACCAAUCUCAUCCACCAAAGUGAUGGAAGAGUUCAAACAAUUUGUUGACGGUAUGGCACAGCAAUCACAGCGCCGAAAACAAGCUGAAGAGGAGCACCUCAUUGUGAUCAAAAGCAGUACUCAAGGCUCCAGAUUAAGUGAGAUGAUAACCGGUGGAACUCUUUCUUUAGAUAAGUCACACUAUGACCAUUAUGUGAUAGUAACUAACAAAUCACAUCCAAUCCAGUUUGAAUCACUAGGAUUUCUUGUAGAACUCAAUCCAACAGCUGUUUUGGACUUCGAUCCAGAAUCAUCUAAACAUGGAUUACAGUGUCACUUCGAUCAGCAGAGUACAGUAAGUGUCCAUUUACCAGCACAGUAUAAAAUCACAGAAGGAGUUGAGGACAUUGCAAACAAGUUGAAAUUAACUCGAAACACCAGCUGGGUAUUCUGCAAUGGAGGUAUUGAGAAUGAGACACCCUCAGACAUAGAUGAGUGGUUGAUGGACAAGGGAGCUUCCAUUCGAGAUGUGAUUUCUUUCUUGUGUCGGAAAGAUGUGCUUCCAAACAAGAGAUUCAUUGUCAUUUUCUUACUUUUGUCGAUAGUAAGUGAGAAGAUGGACCCUCUUGUUGAGACUUUCAGUACAUUCUGGCAGGAGCUCAGGGGCACAGGGCAAAUCCUUUGUAUAUGCGACAAUGAAAAAGCAUUUACGUCCUGGAAGGACCUAAUUGAUGCUCGGUGCAGAAUCAACAUCUCUCGUAGAUGCAUAUAUGAACUCAGCUUUGCUGAAGUCAAUGGCACUAUCCUCAGUCUUUUGUCAAAAAACCGUAGAUCCAGCCGUUUCCUACCCUGUCAUGGGAAAAGCAAAGUGGUUCUUGAAAAGAAAGUGGAGCGUAGUCUGAAUACCUUAGAGGUCUUGUGCGUAAACCAAUGUGUUGGAGGAAACGAGGAUGAAAUUGUCUUAGAGGAAAACUUCUACAAAGGUGGAAAAGUUUCAUGGUGGAAUUUCUAUUUCUCAGACCAGCCUGGAUCCACACCUUUUAUCAAACGAGACAAGUUUGACUACAUCGUGAACACAGUCAUACCGGAUUUGUGCUCCCUGAGAAAUGCCUGCGUGGUGUUCAACCUCAUGCAUGUGCCUGGAUGUGGUGGGACAACUUUGGCUAUGCAUACUUUAUGGGCUCUCCGGGACAAAUUCCGUUGCGCUGUCCUCAUGGACAGCAAUGCUGAGUUUGCUGAAGUCGCUGAUCAAGUGGUCAAACUUUUAAUGUAUGACCAUCAGGAGAAAUUACCACGGGUCCCUGUUCUGCUGAUGAUAGAUGACUUUGAUGAUAAGGAAAAAGUAUUAGACUUGCAGCAGCACAUAGAAAAAGAAUGUGCCAAGAAAAACUUUCAGUCUAAGUCGGCACAGGUAAUUCUUCUGAACUGUAUGAGGUCAGAGUCCUCUGAACAGAGUGAACAAACCGAGGAGAUGGUGUUCAUUGGAAAUAAUCUCUCUGAGACGGAGCAGAUACUGUUUGCGGAAAAACUUGUCGAAAUAGAGAAAACACACAAGAAUGCAGACACGUUCUAUGGGUUCAUGAUCAUGAAGAAGAACUUUAAGCCAGAGUAUGUUCAAGGUGUGGCACGCAACACCCUGAAGAGCUUCAACAUAAAUCAGAAACAUGCACAACUCCUGGCUGUUUUAGUUCUGUUGAAGGUAUACUGCAACAAUUCCUCUCUCUCUGUCUCCCUUUGUGAGGAAUUUCUUGAUCUUCAACCAAAACCAGUUUGUGGAAACAUCAAAGUUGAAGAAGGAUUUGAAAACCUUUCCAAUUUAAUUGCCACCUGCUUAGUUGAGGGUAAGGUAGUAUAUAAAGCAGUGACAAUGAUCCAUUCAAGUAUUGCAAAGCACUGUUUGAAGGAACUCACAACAACACACAAUGUGAGCAAAGCUAACAUUACCGACCUUCUGCUGAACACAGACAUGCUCUAUGAGAGCACACAAGGCAAAGACAAACUCCUGCAAGAUGUUCACUACAUUUUGGUGAAGAGACAUCAUUCAAUGGAGGAAUCUCAGUUCUCUCCACUUAUUCAAGAUAUUGCAAGUGAAACCCCAGGAGUGGAAGAGAUGGUGUUAAAAAAUGCGUCAAAAAGAUUUCAGAAAGAUGCAGUUGUCGCCCAGUUACUAGCCAGGUACUAUUACCUAAAAAAGAAGGAUUUCUUAGAGGCACAAGAUUGGGCACGUAGAGCAAGAGACCUUUCCAAGGAGAGCUCAUAUUUUGCAGACACAUCAGCACAAGUUAUCAAGCAUGGGCUGAAGAAUGCCAUUACAAACUACAAGGAAGAAACGAUUAGUCCUGACAAAUUGGACACAUUUCUCACAAUGGCUGAUUCAGCAAUAUAUGCAUUCAGGGAUACACAGAGGCUUGCAAAGAAGGAGUCAUUUCAACGAUUACAAAACAAGAAAGACAACUGCCCUUUCAAUACAGCAGGGUGCCUGGGAGAAAUUCAGGUUGGUGUACUUGUCAUUGAAGUGCUGGCAAAGACCCCCAUAUUUUCUUCUGACAAUGUCCGACAUGACAUAAUGAGUGGGGUUCUCUCUGGACAGGUGAAACUUCAGGAUGUAGAGAGAAAUGAUAAACGGCACACCAAACACACACACUUCUACAGAACUCUCAGACGGUUUGAGGAAGUACUUUACAACCUCAGAUAUAGGAUGAAGGUGAACUUUGACUUCCUUGACAAUUUCUAUGUGAACUUGGGCUCCAGAUUUGGAGUGAAAGACAGUCGAGAGCAAGUCGCCCAAAAGGAGCUUUUCAGAUGUUUCAAAGUGUAUGCAGAUCUUUUCUGCAAGACAGAUUCUGCAGCUCUUUUGAAGGGUAAAACAAUGCAAAACAUGCUCAAACUACACGAGGCAAGACAAUACCUGGAGAAGCAAAAAGCUGACAGCUACUCUGGGAUUCUGAAGUUUCUCUCAAAUGACAUCUUACUUGAAACAAAAAAGAAGAUUGUCAAACAGUAUGCCUUUGUCUGUGCGCCUGCACAUAGGCCAACUGUGAAGGAAAGAAUCAACUUCAUCUAUGUCAAUGUUGUGAUGAGUUGUAUCAAACUGGCAUCACAAGACAUUCUGUCAUACCAGCAAAUAAUUGAUCUCCUUCACCAAGUUCUGUGUGAGCAAAUACCAAUAAGUGAGAAUUUGUCACUGCACUUCAUUGCAGUUGUGCUGUUGUGGCCACAGCAGAACUCUCAGGAGAAUAUUCUACCAAGAACACUGAGGAUGUACAUCUCACAGAUGAAGAUCUCCUAUCACACAGAGAUGAAGGAAGUGUACAAUGGAAAGAGCCCCGUUGUCCAUUUCUUCCUGGGAAAGAAGCAGGGCUAUGAAAGACUGGUACACUUGGGGGAAAUCACAAGCUGUAUCACGGCUGGGCAGGGAGACUUUGCUUUCAUGUGCAAAAAUGGCAAAAUAUGGAAAGAGAAGAAGGUGGAGGAGUGCCUUUGCAGGGCCACUGGCAAGGUAAUGGACAACUUGAUACUGGCAGAUACUUGUAUCCCAGAUCAGAAGUCGUUUGAAGUCAUUCCAAUGUUUAAAAGUAAUCUCUGUGGUUAUGCCGAGGGGUCAAAAGUUUCAUUCUUUAUCGGUUUCUCCAUGAAAGGCCCUGUUGCACUCGACAUUAACCAACUUUGAAAGCAUCCUGCUCCAACAUACUGUAGCGUUGUAGCAUACACACUUGUAUAAAAGUGAGAUGCAAAAAUAUUGAAUGUAUUGCUAUGUUACAUUUCUGUGUGUAUCCCUGGCUCUGUAAUUACAUUAUUGAUACCGUUGUUUUGUAAAGGAAACAUUUGUCAAACCUCUUGAGAAUGUCUUAUGCUAAAAUGUGUACUGUAGCUCACAAGUCAUUGUAAAUCUAAAUGUUUUUUUAUUAUUGAAAUGAUCUGAAACCUGAAAAGGAAUUCAACCAUCACCUUUUGUCAUAUUCUUCAUUAACUGAAUACAUGUGUUGUAUAGUAUAAUUUAACAAUAGUGUUCCAUGAAAUGAAAUAUUGUGCAUCAUAGUUUAUUACAAUAGAUGUACUUUUUAAAUGCUGUACUUGAACAACUGUGUAAGAAUUUGCAAUGUUUUGCAACAUUAACAAAACGCAAGUUAUGUAUAUAUUUAUAAUAGCUUACCCUGCAACACAACUGCAAUAAGCACUUAUGAUCUGAUCUGAUGAUAUCUUGGAUUCUGCGUGUUCCAUUUUUGUCUCAAACAUUUUCCUUUAAAUUACCUUUAAACAAUGUUUUACUUACAUAAAAAUGUCUCUCUUGUAUUUUACCAAGACAUCUAUCAUUGAAUAUGGAAAUAUUUAAUUUUUGGUUUCGUGUGUUCAGAAAUGUAUUCAUGAGUUGAUCUGAUAUUUGAAAUACAAUAGUUUUUACCUUUCUUUAUUAUGUGUUACAUUACUUUUGUGAUUUUGUUUAAUUAACUUUUUUUUUUUGCCAUUCUAUGAAAAACAAUGAUGAACAUUGAUUUUUGCAAUACUUCUCUAAUAAAGAUGUCCUGUAACAUUA